GUCCAGGCCAGUGUGUUGCCCGCUGACUCUUAGUGCUGAGUGCCACGCCUCGCCGCAGCACAUAACAUUGACCACCGCUUUCUGCUGAGGCCAAAUCACCCAUCAGGCGCAGUGCUCAGCGGUGACCUGGCGCAAGACACAGGACAGUCCACAGCAAAGCUUCCUGGUGCAGGCAAUUAAGCAGCUGGCGGUGACUGGAAGCGUGCAAUUCUGAGAAGCUGCCUUUCCUUUGUCCCUCGGUGCCACAGUGCCAGUCAGAGUCAGAAGCGCCAGGCGAAGAACAGGAUGGUGUUGAAGGUGGUCGGUGCCUUGGCGGCGGUGGCCAAGGUGAAUUACUCCCGCACAGUGGUGGACAGCGUGACGGCGCGCCUGCACUACCAAUGGAGCACCACCUUCUGCCUGAUGGCCGGGCUGCUGGUCAUUGCCAAGGAGUACAUCGGGGACGCCGUGGAGUGCAUGCAGAAGGGCAAUGACGCUUCCAAGUACAUCAACACCUACUGCUGGAUCACCUCCACCUUCACCAUCAACACCACGAAUGGACUGGAUGGACUGGGACAUUACAAUGAAGAGAUCCACGAGAAGCGAGUCCACACUUACUACCAGUGGGUCCCCAUAGUGCUGGCCAUACAGGCUGGUCUAUUCUACCUGCCUCACUACCUGUGGAAGAACAUGGAGGGGAAGCAAGUGGAUCACCUUCUGCAGGAUGUCAACAAGUCUCUCUUCGAUGAGGAUUUCGAUAAGAAGAUAAAGAACAUGAUCGCCUACCUGAAGGAGUCUUGGGGCAUGAACACGAGGUACUUCCUGGGCCACUUCAUGUGUGAGUGUCUGUAUCUUGUCAACGUGGUGAUGCAGAUGAUACUCAUGGAUAAGUUCUUUAACGGCGCCUUCAUGGACUACGGCUCAAAGGUCUUCGAGAGGCUUCAGUCAGACGUGUCGAAGGAUGAACGGUUCUUGGAGGUGUUUCCGCUCAGAGCCAAGUGCACUUUCUACGUUCACGGCGACUCAGGCACCAUCAAACCAGAAGACGCCCUGUGUAUCAUGCCGCAGAACAUCAUCAACAAGAAGAUUUUCCUGAUCAUGUGGGUUUGGUUCAUCAUCCUCACCAUCAUCACUUGUCUCCAGCUAUUGUGUCAUCUGGCUGUGUACUUCAGUGGCUGGCUGAGAAAAACCAUUCUCUCUCGUCGUCUGCGUUGCCAAAUGCCCCCUAGGAUGGAGCAGGCCCUUCGCACAAUGAAGCUCGGGGACUACUGCCUUCUGAACAGCAUCGGGAAGAAUGUUAAUACAGAUCACUUCAGAACGAUUAUGGAGGGAGUGACAAGGGUUUCCGAAGAGGUGCAUGACUAUUCUCCCAGCGCUCCUAUGUAUGGGACCUACAAGCCAUUUGCCAACGAGGAGACGAUGCCGAGGAGGAGAGCUUUGUACCCCACCUUGAGUUCGGGAGAGUAGCUUAGUUUCUUAGAGAGUUGGUGGUGGUGGUGGUAGUAGUGGUAGUGGUUGGUGUCUGGUUCUGCCUAGUUGUCUGUUUGGGUUGUCUGUUUUGUCUCUGUCUGUCUCUGUUUGUUUGUAUCUGUCUCUCUGUCUCUCUCUCUCUCUCUCUGUGUGUGUGUGUGUGUGUUUGUGUGUGUAUACUUGCAGUGGACAUGAUUUAAAGGCAAGUAAGUUAAGUAGUGUCCGUAUCUAUCUUAAUCCAGCCUGGGUACUUUUGGUGUGGCGGUAAGAGAUAGGGAGAGUCUUGAGGGCGAAGGUAACUGAUAGCGGUGAUAGUUGCUGAUUAAGUGAUAGCUGAGGGAACGAAACUACUGCACAUAUACACAUACAUACCUUUAGGAACUGAGCAUCAGGCAAUGGAGUGUUACAUCAGUGUUCUUUAUAAGCUUUCUUGAAUAAACUUGAAGGAUGCA